CCAGGUGGAGACACACGUGCGAGUGUGUGUGGGGGGGUAACACGGGAGAGACAGCUGGGAACGGCGUUAAAAAAAUAAAGCCAGCUGUGCACCGUCACCUCGGCGGGCAGUCCACGCCGCUGUGGAGGCUCCGGGCGCGCGCCCCAUGCCUCGGGCACUCGGUGAGGCGGGAGCGGGCGGGGCCGGCGGCGCGGGGGCGGGGCCUAAGGCGGCGCGGGCGAAGGCGGCGACCCAGACAUCUCGGACUGUUGUUGUUCUCUCGCCUCACGCCCGCCUCAGUCAGUUCGAGCUGAGAUCCGGAGCUGCUCUGCCGGGGAGGCGGGUGACAGUCUCCGCCUUCUCUCCUGUUCGCUGGAGCUGCGGCAGGGGCUGGCGCUGACCGAACGCCUCGCGAUUGGUCUCCGAUGCCCUUCAGCGAGGAGGGGGCGUCUGGACCCUGGUGAGCGCACCCGGAGCCCCCCGACUCGGUGUCUUCACCCGCCCCUCGGGCCCGCACACCCGUGUGUCUGCCAUGGCUGAGAACGCAGAUGGUGACCUGAACUCCAACCUGCUCCACGCCCCCUACCUCACCGGGGACCCCCAGCUAGACACGGCCAUCGGGCAGUGGCUGCGGUGGGACAAGAAUCCCAAAACGAAAGAGCAGAUUGAAAAUCUCUUGCGGAAUGGGAUGAACAAGGAACUGCGUGACCGUCUUUGUUGCCGGAUGACUUUUGGGACAGCAGGACUUCGAUCUGCCAUGGGGGCAGGGUUUUGCUACAUUAAUGACCUUACAGUAAUACAGUCAACACAGGGGAUGUACAAAUACCUGGAGAGGUGUUUUUCAGACUUCAAGCAGCGAGGCUUUGUUGUUGGGUAUGACACUCGGGGUCAAGUAACCAGCAGCUGCAGCAGCCAGAGGCUUGCUAAACUCACUGCUGCAGUGUUGCUUGCUAAAGAUGUUCCUGUUUACCUUUUCUCGAGAUACGUUCCUACACCUUUCGUACCAUAUGCAGUCCAGGAGCUCAAAGCAGUUGCAGGUGUGAUGAUUACUGCAUCUCACAACCGCAAAGAGGACAAUGGAUACAAGGUGUAUUGGGAAACUGGUGCUCAGAUCACAUCUCCUCAUGAUAAAGAAAUUCUGAAAUGUAUAGAAGAGUGUGUGGAACCAUGGAAUGGUUCCUGGAAUGAUAAUUUAGUGGACACCAGCCCUCUGAAAAAAGAUCCUCUCCAGGACAUCUGCAAGAGAUACAUGGAAGACCUGAAAAAGAUCUGUUUUCACAGGGACUUAAAUUCAAAGACCACCUUGAAGUUUGUGCAUACCUCUUUUCACGGAGUUGGGCAUGACUAUGUGCAGUUGGCUUUUCAAGUAUUUGGUUUUAAGCCUCCAAUUCCGGUCCCAGAACAGAAAGAUCCAGAUCCAGAGUUCUCUACUGUUAAAUGCCCAAACCCUGAAGAAGGAGAAUCUGUGCUGGAACUCUCCCUAAGACUGGCAGAGAAAGAAAAUGCCCGGAUAGUGCUAGCCACAGAUCCUGAUGCAGACCGGCUGGCAGUAGCGGAACUUCAGGAGAAUGGUCACUGGAAAGUUUUCACAGGGAAUGAGUUGGCAGCUUUGUUUGGGUGGUGGAUGUUUGAUUGCUGGAAGAAGAGCAAAUUGGACGCUGAUGUGAAGAAUGUUUACAUGCUGGCCACCACCGUCUCUUCUAAAAUUCUAAAGGCGAUUGCAUUGAAAGAAGGAUUCCACUUUGAGGAAACAUUACCAGGCUUUAAGUGGAUUGGAAGUAGGAUAAAAGACCUCCUAGGACAUGGGAAAGAAGUCCUUUUUGCAUUUGAAGAGUCUAUUGGCUUUCUGUGUGGAACCUCUGUGUUGGAUAAAGAUGGUGUGAGCGCAGCUGUGGUUGUUGCCGAGAUGGCCUCUUUCCUGGAAACCAGGAAGGUGACCCUGACAGAGCAGCUGGCCAAAGUUUAUGAAAAAUACGGUUAUCACAUGUCCAAAACUUCAUAUUUCUUGUGUUAUGACCCACCUACCAUCAAAACUAUAUUUGAAAGGAUUCGCAAUUUUGAGUGUCCAGGGGAGUACCCAAAGUUCUGUGGGGCUUUUGCUAUCUUGCACGUACGAGACAUAACCACUGGAUAUGACAGCAGCCAGCCCAGUAAGAAGUCAGUACUGCCCGUGAGUAAAAGCAGUCAAAUGAUCACAUUUACUUUUCAAAAUGGCUGUGUUGCCACUCUUCGAACAAGUGGGACAGAACCAAAGAUAAAGUAUUAUGCGGAGAUGUGUGCAUCACCUGGCCAGAGUGACACUGCCUUACUGGAAGAAGAAUUAAAGAAGCUUAUUGACGCUCUGAUAGAGAAUUUUCUUGAGCCUAGUAAGAACGGCCUGAUCUGGCGUUCUGUAUAGGGCACUGCAGAACAUUACCACUUUGCACUGACAUGGAACGAAGAACUCUAGACAGUGAACCUUGUGUUGAAAUUCUCUCAUCUGCCAAGUUAUCUUCCCCCUUCUCUUUCCUUUGUUCAGCUAAAUAGAUUAUAUACAUUUGAAAUGAAAAUGUUUUCAUAAUCUUAAAUGACAGUCAUUACGUUGAAAGUGUUCAGUGGCCCACCAUUCCUCCUGUAUCACAAACAGUACAAAAGUGAGUUUUCUUAUUAAACUGUGGUUAAGCUUAGUUACAUGAUGUAAUUGUGUAUAGCAUGGUUUAAAAGAAACAUUAUAUAAUAUAGGGCUAGUUAAGGAAAUUAUUUCUUAAAAGUGUGUAUGUUGCCUGGGGUGUUCCACACCCAUUGUGGAAAAGUAUCAUUGUCAUGAUGUACGUAUUGAUUUUCAAGUUAGAAACCUAGGUUGGUGGCACAUUCCUGUAAUUACAGCCCUCAGGAGGCUGAGGCAGGAGGAUCAUUAGUUAGUUUAUGGCCAGCCUGGGUUGCACAGAAAAAUUCUGUUUCGAAAAAAAAAAGUUUAUAGGUUUUUUUUUUUGUUGUUUUUUUUUUGUUUUUUUUGUUUUUUUUUUUUUUUAGGUUUUCUGACUUAGGACAGAUGUCACAGUCUGUGGUUUUGCACCUCUGUCUCAGGUGCCCUUGCUAUGGUGUAUAUUUACUGUAUGUAUUUAAGACUGAUGUUUACUGAACAUAAAACAAUAGUGGCAACUCUCCCAGUGGCUUUGUUCUUGUCUAAUUUCUCAGUGCAUUCUCAGGGUGCGGUGUGAACGAAACAGUGUUCCUGCAUUGGAUAUAAUUUCAUCAGUCCAUUUUCUGAUGGUUAAGGGAAGUCUUCCCAACUGUAUAGGUGCUUCCUAUAUAGAAAACAGGUUUGUUGGCUCUAAAAAUGGUUGUAGAAAAAGAUCUUAAUAAAAUCUGGCUUAAUGUAACUAUAGUCGAGUCUUCGUGCAAGGAUUCAGUUAUCAUAGCCUGUAAGUGAAAAAAAAAAACUCCUGUGGAAUGAAUGUGGCAUCUGACAGUCUUAUUGAAUUACAUUUUUAUGAGUAGAUGUAUUCUUUUAUCUGAAAAGUGAUGCUAAUCUUAUCAAGAAAUGGAACAUCAAGAUAUAGGUAUUUUCUGCCACCUUGAUUCAAUACCCAGUCUCAUUUGAUCUCAGAAGCUGAACAAGGCUAAGCAUGGUUGGUGCUUGGGUGGGAAAUUUGGGUAUUAUGAAAUAUGAAAGUGCUGUUUAAGACCAAGGUCAAUUUAUUUUAGUGUGUUGCUGGCUUUGGACUUUCAGAUAAUAUAAAUAUUCUUCUUUUUCCGUGUGAAAACAGUUCUCAGGAAAGUCAUUUGUGGUUGAUUCUCUAGCACCCUGAAAAGUCCUAAUAGAGAAAUAUUGUCUAAGCUUUCUGAAUUGUGUGUCUCCCUACAUAGUUUACAGAAUACAUGCUAUAGUUAGGAUAACAGUAACAAGGCCUUGGGGUAUAAUCGCUUAAACCAAGUUUCCUAUACGGUACAGCACUGAUACUAAUUUAUUUCCUAAAAAUAGUAAUAUAUUGCCUAAACAGAUUAGAAUGUUAAUUAAAUCACAGUUUGUUUUUUUACAGACUUGAGAUAAUUUUGGUUGAGCUUGUGUAAUCCAAACACAGUUUUCAAAGUAUGUUGCCACUAUUGUUAAUUUGUUCCUUCCUUGCUGUUAGAGCUGGGUCCUAUAUGACUGUAGAUAAUAGCUAUUAGUGUACAGUGCCAUUUUCUGUAUGGGUUUAUUUUAAAGGUUUUGCCUUAGAGAAGAAGUAUAUGGAAUCUUUUGUUUUAUUCUUAAAAUGUAUAAAACAUUUUUGUUUAUUGACUGUUAGGAGUAUAAGUGUAACUUAGGAAAUGGAAUGUAUUCUACAAAGCUGUACAUAUGGAAAACAUGCACAUUAAUUUCAAUGUCUGUGUUCCAGUGAUCCAAGAACAAAAUGAAACUAAAGUGAUGUGAUAGCUAUUCAUAAUCACAGAAGCCAUGUCAUGAUUGUCAUCCACUUAUGAAGAGGACAUUUUUGUUUUAAUGCUGUAGUAUAUACAAGAUAUGUCAUCUUAAAGUGAAGUUACUGACAUUUGAGCUCUUACCUUGAAGGGCUAAAUUCCAGUUAUGUGUACAGGUUCCCAAAGUGUAUAGGUUGAGGAAACUAUUUGAUUUUGUCCAAAUUCUUGCCUGUGUCUGAACGUGUUUAACAUAAACUUGGCAUAGUGGGUGCAUAGGUCCCUGACAGGAAUGGGAUGUCAGCCAGUGGGGCUCAGCUUUCGUGCUACAUUUGUUCAUUUCUUCUCUUUUUUCAACAAUGGUAUGAGAAUGAAUGCAUUUUCUUUGAGUGAAUAAAUCAGAACAGGUGUUUUUUGGAGCAUUAGGGAGAAGAAUUAGGCUGGGACAGAGCCCAGUGGUAAAGCACUUUUCUAGGAUGCAGAUAAAGCAAAGAUAGCUGCUAGGCUUGCGGUUGAUCUGUGGCAAUGCGGGGGUGGGGGACACGCGGGAGAAGUUUGUCAUUGAUACGCAAAAGUCAAAGAAUAAAGUGGAAAUGACAAAAGUAUCUGUUCAACUAUGUUCAUAGCAGCAUUGUUUGUAAUAGCCAAAACCUGGAAACAACCUAGAUGCCCUUCGAGGGAGGAAUGGAUGAAGAAAGUGUGGAAUAUAUACAUAUUAGAGUACUACUCAGCGGUAAAAAACAAUGACUUCUCGAAUUUUGCGUGCAAAUGGAUGGAAAUAGAAAACACUAUCCUGAGUGAGGUAUCCCAGACCCAAAAAGAGGAACAUGGGAUGUACUCACUCAUAAUCGGUUUCUAGCCAUAAAUAAAGGACAUUGAACAUAUAAUUUGUGAUCCUAGAGAAGCUAAAUAAGAAAGUGAACCCAAAGAAAAUUGUAUAGUCAUCCGCCUGGAGAGGGGAAGUAGACAAGAUUGCAGGGCAAAAACUGGGAACUCGCGGGUGAGGUGGCAUGGGGCAAAGGGGAAAUGGGAUGAGAAACAUGAGAAGGGGAGGAUGGGAGGAGCUCGGGGGAUUGGGAUGGUUGGGAUAUAGGAAGGGAGGAUACGGGAGCAGCGAAGUAUAUAUCCUAACUAAGGGAGCCAUCUUAGGGUUGGCAAGAGACUUGACUCUAGAGGGGUUCGCAGGUGUCCAGGGAGAUAUCCCCAGCUGGUACCUUGGGCAACUGAGGAGAGGGAACCUGAAAUGACCCUAUCCUAUACUGAUGAAUGUCUUACAUAUCACCUUAGAACCUUCAUCUGGCGAUGGAUCGAGGUAGAGACAGAGACUCAAUUUGGAGCAACGGUCUGAGCUCUUAAGGUCCAAAUGAGGAGCAGAAGGAGGGAGAACAUGAGCAAGGAAAUCAGGACCACGAGGGAUGCACCCACCCACUGUGACAGUGGAUCUGAUUUAUUGGGAGCCCACCAAGGCCAGCUCGUCUGGGACUGAAUAAGCAUGGGUUGAAACUGGACUCUCUGAGCAUGGUGGACAAUGAAGGCUGAUGAGAAGCCAAGGACAAUGGCACUAGGUUUCGAUCCUAAUACAUGAACUGGCUUUGUGGGAGCUUAGCCUGUUUAGACGCUCACCUUCCUGGACGUAGAUAGAAGACCUUCGUCUUCCCGCAGGGCAGAGAAUUUGGACUGCUCUUCAGUAUCAAA